AUUUUCUUGAUUCUUGAAGCAAGUUUAAAACUUACCACCAAAACAUAAACAAAACAAUUCCUGCAGUCAUCAGAGGAAGUGGACUGUAUAGAUUCUGCAGUAUGGCGUUGGGCCAUGAUGAAACUUGGCCUUCUUCUUCUCAUAGGCAAGCUUGCUUGUCAUCUGGCCAUGCUAGGAGCAGGAGUAGGAGGAAGAAAGACACAGGAUUAAUGAUUGCUUUCUGUUAUUUAGUGAGGUUGAUGGCUACAGCAAUCUUCACUGCUCUCACCAUACUCUUUGCAGUUGCUGGGGCGUUUACUGGAGGUAUCGCUGGGGGAAUUGCUGGUUGGGUUUCAAAUACUGGUAUACUUCGUGGCGUUGCUAUGGUUGCCAUAGCUGGGGCUACUAUCUCUGUGCAGUUCUUGGAUGCUCUUCGUACUUAUUGGUGUUCAGAGUGCCCUGGUUCAAGUAGCUCAUCAUCUAUGGCCAAUUUCUUGCAAGAGCUUUUUGACACUAUAUUUGUUAACCAGCAGAUCGAACAGCUUCCACCAGCGACUCCUAGAAGUCAUCAAUUGCAGCAGGUAAACCGUCCUAAUACAAGCUAUGGUGAGAGUAGAGCUGGUCCUAGUGUAGUUGCAUCAUCAGGCUUGUCUGAAGAUUCACUCAAGAAGCUACCGUGCCUAGUAUUGUUGGAUGAAAUGAAGGCAGAACAAGAGGCAUGCUGCUCUAUAUGUUUGCAGGAUGUUGGUGUUGGGGAUACUGCAAGGACCUUGCCACAAUGCCGGCAUAUGUUCCACUUGGCUUGCGUGGACAAGUGGCUUGUUAUACAUGGGUCAUGUCCAGUAUGCAGGCAGGAUGUAACCAACUACCCUUAAAGUAGCUGGCCACCAAGAGAGCCUUAAGACUCUACUUGGGUGUAGGUCAAGGAAUCGAAUCCCUUGCUUUGCAUUCUAAAAAUUCAAGGCUUCCUGAAAUGUUUCGUCAGCGGAUGCGUAGGCAUCCAUCUGGACCGGUGGUGGCUCAGUCCCCUCCAGGAUCCCCCCAUGAUCCCAUUAGGUCAACCCCCCUCCACAUAGUAUAGAGUAGAAAUAGGUCUAUCGUGUCAAAAAAAAAAAUACAGGCAGGAUGUAUAAAUAUUACUACCCCUACGUAAAGUUGCUAUUUUUGUACAUAAUAAGUUACUCUUCAGGACUGUAUUAUACAUCAGAGUCAUGCCUUUGCUGGAGGGGACCAGCAAAAUUGUUGAAUUAGUCAGCCAUUCAAGCGAAAGCGGUGCCUUCAGUGUCAAACAUUGUAUAGGAAAAUUGUAGUAUUCUUCAGAGAAUUCAGAAUAAGAUUCCACAUAGAUGCAUGGCCAUUAGGAUCUGCUUGUAAUCUUUAAAGACUCAUUUGCGUCCAAAUUUUGUUUCUAU